GGGGGGGGCAUACACUGCACACUGGCUUAGCACGUCAUCUCACCAUCAACUGAGACCACACAGCUUUCUCCGGUGGAGAAGACGGAUACUUCAAAUCUAAACAAAAGCUAAAGGCCCAUCAGAGUGAAAACGCCAACAACAAAGAGAACGAUACCAACAAAACAACACGGGAAGGCAUCUAUCGGCAUAUCAGGUUCCCCCAUCCAGCAGUAAAAGCACACGUGUAAGAUAGUUCCGGGUCCACAUAUAUCAAAGAAAGAGAGAGAGAGAGCAAAAGAAAUGAUUGUACAAAAGACGAAAACCCUAAUUUUCUAUUGUGCGGCGGCGUCAGACGAAAGGCUGGAAGAAUGACGAGAGCCGGCAAGAAAAAAGCUGGAAGGAUGACGAGGAGGAGGCGCGAUCUUCUACCGAAGCUGGUUGGGUGGAAGAUAUCCACGCGAAUUCCGAUAGCAUUCGCUAGAGCGGUGCGAUCCACUUGCAAAUUAGAGAGGAGGAGGACCCUAAUUUCUAUUGGGCGGCGUCAGUCGAAAGUUGGAAGAAGCAUGACGAGAGCUGGAAAAACGAAAGUUGGAAGAAGCAUGAAGGGGACGAGGAUCUGCGAUCUUCCACUGGAUUUGGUAGGGGGGAAAAUACUCACGAGGGUUCCGAUAACAUCUCUGGGAGCUGUGAGAAACACUUGCAAAUUAUGGAACGCUUUAACCAAAGAUUGGGUUUUGGGUGAAGCUUCAGCGCCAAGGCAACAGUUUUUAGGGUUUAUGACGAUGAAUUCAAUGGUUUGUUCAGCUAAAUUCCAUAGCACAAAGGAAAAAGAAGACUUGGCUAUAAAGCAGGUAGAUUUGCUUAAUCAAGUCAAGAUAUCAAAAGUGCAUCACUGCGACGGUUUACUGUUAUGCGUCGCUGAGGACAAGUCGAGGCUGGUGGUUUGGAACCCUUAUUUGGGGCAAACAAGGCCGAUCAGACUCAACGAUUUCCACUGGCAAGACAAUUAUGCUUUUGGAUACGACAUGAACCGUAACCACAAAAUCGUGAGGUUUCAGGAUUAUUACGAACAUCCAAAAAAAGUUUCCAGGUACGAAAUCUACCAGUUGAGCUCUAAUUCAUGGAGGGAUCUCAAGGUCCAUACCGAUUUGAAAAUAAAGUUUAACCAUAGCGCGUCUGUGAAGGGAAAUGCCUACUUUUUUGCUCAAGAGAAUUGUCAGGAUAUUGAACCUAAUGAAGAUGGAGAGAUAACGGAUCUUGAAGAUUUCUUGAUCUGUUUUGAUUUCACAACAGAGACAUUUGGUCCGCCUCUGCCUCUUCCGUUUCACUCUGGUAUCGACGAGACUGUCACUUUCUCUAGUGUUAGAGACGAGCAGCUCGUGGUGCUAUAUCAUAAUGAGGGUGUUUAUUAUGGUGAUAAGAUUAGCACAGUUGAGUUUUGGGUUACUACUAAGAUCGAGCCCAACUCUGUGUCCUGGAGCAAGUUUUUGCAAGUGAAUAUGAGACCGGUCUCUCUCACUGGUGAACUGUUUGAACAUGAUAUGGGUGGGGGCACCUUCUUCAUUGACGAGGAACAGAAAGUCGCUGUGGUGUUUGACAUAGACGGAUACCUACCCACUCUACCCACCCUACCCGAGAGAGUUCGUUACCACACAGCUUUUAUCAGUGGAGAAGACGGAUACUUCAAACCUGUGACUCUUGGAGUCGCUCCCAAUCGCGGGGAACCUUAUCAGUCCUUAUCCGGGCCUAGUUUUGCGAGUCUAUAUUGUCCCCCGGUUGUGUGCUCUUCUUCUUACCUUCCCAGUUUGGUGCAACUCAACUAACUCCGCAAAAGGAACGAAAUAUGUGUUUAGUUUCCUGUUUCUUUCAUAUCUCAAGACUGCUACUUCUCAGUUUCGUUUCUAUUUUAUCAGCUAAAUAAGUUAAACGAUUUCAGCUUUCUUGUUCUUGUCCUGGACCAUGGUUGAAGUUUUUUGGUUAAGUAACCCUUUUUUUUU